GCUGAACCCGGAAGUGGGUAGGCGCUGGAGAGAGCGCGCCGACAGUGGAGCUCAGCGGCUGGGAGCCAGCGGGGGAGCCCUGGGUUCCCGACCAUGAAACCCUCGGGCACGCCCCUCCAGAAGCUGUUAACCAAGACAAUCUAGUUUUUUGUUUUUUAAAAUAAAUCCUUUAAGACACUUAUGAAGUUUCUUGUUCUGAAAUUGUUGUACUGCAAUGAAGAAAAGGAGAAAGGUUACUUCAAAUCUUGACGAGAAGAUCCAUCUAGGCUAUCAUAAAGAUUCUUCAGAAGGCAAUGUUGCAGUGGAGUGUGACAAAGUAACCUAUACUCAUUCCACAGAAAGACCAAUUCCUGAAGCUCUUCACUGUUACCAGGAACUUCCUCCCUCUCCAGAUCAGAGAAAACUUUUGAGUUCUUUGCAGUAUAACAAGAAUUUGCUGAAGUAUUUAAAUGAUGAUAGGCAGAAGCAACCAUCUUUCUGUGACUUACUUAUCAUAGUAGAAGGAAAAGAAUUUAGUGCACAUAAAGUUGUUGUUGCUGUUGGCAGUAGUUAUUUUCAUGCGUGUUUGAGCAAAAAUCCAAGCACUGAUGUUGUCACCCUGGAUCACGUAACACACUCAGUUUUUCAGCAUUUGCUUGAAUUUCUUUACACAUCAGAAUUUUUUGUGUACAAAUAUGAAAUACCUCUUGUUUUAGAGGCAGCAAAAUUUCUGGACAUUAUAGAUGCAGUUAAGUUGCUAAAUAAUGAAAAUGUUGCCACUUUUCAGUCUGAGCUGGCUGAAAAGUCAUCACCAGAAGAAACACUAAGUGAAUUAGCUGGAAGACUAUCAAAUAAUCAUCAGUGUAAAUUCUGUAGUAGACAUUUUUGUUAUAAAAAGUCUUUAGAGAACCAUUUGGCUAAAACCCAUAGGUCCCUUUUAUUAGGGAAAAAACAUGGGUUAAAAAUGCUGGAGAGAAGUUUUUCCGCAAGAAGAUCGAAAAGGAAUCGGAAGUGUCCUGUUAAGUUUGAUGACACCAGUGAUGAUGAACAAGAAAGUGGUGAUGGGUCAGACAAUUUGAAUCAAGAAAAUUUUGAUAAGGAAAAGUCAGACAGAAAUGAUUCUGAGGACCCUGGAAGUGAAUAUAAUGCUGAAGAAGAUGAACUAGAGGAGGAAAUGUCAGAUGAAUACUCUGACAUUGAAGAACAAAGUGAAAAAGAUCAUAAUGAUGCAGAAGAGGAACCUGAGGCUGGUGAUUCUGUAGGAAAUAUUCAUGAGGGGUUAACUCCUGUAGUCAUUCAGAACAGUAACAAAAAAAUAUUGCAAUGUCCUAAAUGUGAUAAAACAUUUGACCGCAUAGGGAAAUAUGAGAGCCACACACGUGUUCACACAGGUGAGAAGCCCUUUGAGUGUGAUAUUUGUCACCAGCGCUAUUCGACAAAGUCUAACCUAACUGUUCACAGAAAGAAGCACAGUAAUGAAACAGAAUUUCAUAAGAAGGAGCACAAGUGCCCUUACUGUAAUAAACUUCAUGCAAGCAAGAAGACUUUAGCCAAGCAUGUUAAGAGAUUUCACCCUGAAAAUGCACAAGAAUUUAUUUCCAUUAAGAAGACCAAGAGUGAAAGUUGGAAAUGUGACAUUUGUAAGAAAUCUUUUACUCGAAGACCACACUUGGAGGAACAUAUGAUUCUACAUUCUCAAGAUAAGCCUUUUAAGUGUACCUAUUGCGAAGAACAUUUCAAAUCACGAUUUGCACGGUUAAAGCAUCAAGAAAAGUUCCAUCUGGGUCCUUUUCCAUGUGAUAUAUGCGGUCGCCAGUUUAAUGACACUGGAAAUUUGAAACGCCAUAUAGAAUGUACCCAUGGUGGAAAGAGAAAAUGGACUUGCUUCAUCUGUGGAAAGUCAGUACGAGAAAGGACUACUUUGAAAGAACAUUUGAGAAUCCACAGUGGAGAAAAACCUCAUCUUUGUAGUAUUUGUGGGCAAAGUUUCCGUCAUGGAAGUUCAUACAGACUUCACUUACGAGUACAUCACGAUGAUAAAAGAUACGAAUGUGAUGAAUGUGGGAAAACGUUUAUUCGUCAUGACCAUCUUACAAAGCACAAAAAAAUACAUUCAGGCGAGAAGGCUCAUCAGUGUGAAGAAUGUGGAAAAUGUUUUGGUCGUAGGGAUCAUCUCACUGUUCAUUACAAAAGUGUACACCUGGGAGAGAAAGUGUGGCAAAAAUACAAAGCAACCUUUCAUCAAUGUGACGUUUGUAAGAAAAUUUUUAAAGGCAAAUCAAGUCUGGAAAUGCAUUUUCGGACGCAUUCAGGUGAAAAACCAUACAAGUGUCAAAUUUGCAAUCAAUCUUUUAGAAUUAAGAAAACUUUAACAAAACACCUGGUUAUUCAUUCUGAUGCCCGACCUUUCAACUGUCAGCACUGUAAUGCAACAUUUAAGCGGAAAGACAAGCUGAAAUACCACAUUGACCAUGUUCAUGGCAUAAAAUCUCCUGACGAUCCUCUCAGUACUUCUGAGGAAAAACUUGUAUCUUUGCCAGUAGAAUACUCGUCUGAUGAUAAAAUCUUUCAAACAGAAACAAAACAGUAUAUGGACCAACCCAAAGUUUAUCAGUCAGAAGCCAAGACUUUGUUACAGAAUGUGUCUGCUGAAGUGUGUGUUCCAGUAACAUUGGUUCCAGUUCAGAUGCCGGACACUCAGAGUGAUCUGGUGCGUCAUACAACCACGCUGCCACCAUCUUCUCAUGAGAUCUUGUCGCCACAGCCACAAGCAACUGAUUACCCCCGAGCAGCUGAUUUAGCUUUUCUGGAAAAGUAUACUCUCACUCCUCAACCUGCAAAUAUAGUUCAUCCAGUACGACCUGAACAAAUGCUAGAUCCUAGAGAACAGUCUUAUCUUGGAACAUUACUAGGCCUUGAUAAUGCUACUGCUGUACAAAGUAUUUCUAAUAAUGAGCAUCAUUCAUGAGUAAAUCUAAACAUUCCACAGACUUUUUUGAUGGUUAUGUGUUAAUGGUAGCCUAGACUGAUGGCUUUUAAAGUAGUAAGGCUGCUAUUUUUUCAUUUUCUCUAGUUUCUCCAGUCCUCAGAACCAUUUCAAAUCAAGAAAAAUAUGUAUAUCUGUUUACUGAACAUAUGAAUGAAUAUUUGGACACAUUUUGAGGUAUAAUAUUUGAAAUGAACAUUUUUAUGAUUUUUUUAAAGAUGACUUAGUGCUAAUUUUUAAUGGUUUCUCAAACUUUUCAAAAUUACUGGCUGUUGACUUUAUGGUUUUGUUUUUGGUUUUGUUCUUAAUUAUCCAUGAAAUUUUUAUUGUUUAAUUUCAAUCCUUUUUUCUCCCUUCACCAUCUUCUAAACAAGCUUAAGGACCAUGUAGCCUUUAAGAAAGAAUAUGAGAGUACACUGAUAAUUACAACUCUUCCUUAUCCUAACUUAAGAUUCAUUAUUCUUCCUUCCACAUUUUAAAAAACUGAAAUUAGGAAUUUAAUUUUAUAGGGAAGUCUUGGAUAUUUCUGUGUUUUUUAUUUUUUAUGUGGCCCUAAUUUUAGGUUAUUAUUAAUCCUUUGGUCUUUUGACAAACUCAAAGCCAGAAAGCUAACUUAAGUAAGAUUAGCUUGUUAAAUGAAACCUAGAAUUGAAAUAAUUCUCCAAAUGAUUGGUUUUUGCCUAUGCUUCAAUUAUUGUAAGAAAUACAAAUUUUUAAUGUAUAGGCAUUAAAUUAUACAAGUUGAAAAUGUAUUAAAGACAAAUUGUGACAGUUUUAACUAGAUAGCUUUGAAGGUAAGUUCAUCUUUUAUAUUUUGUCACUUAAGAAACAUCAACAAUACAUCAUACCAGGUAUCUUCAUCUCACUAAAGGAGGGGCAAUUAUAAUAAUCAAUGAAAUUUAAUUAACACGCUACUUUUGGUCUCAUCUACUUUGGCUAACAAAAUUGUGGGAAACAGAACCUAGGUAUUUCAUAUAUAAUUGUUAGGGAAGGUGCCAAAUUAUAAAAUUCAUGUCUAACUAAACUUAAUGUUUACUUUAAUUAAAGGGAACCACUAUUUGUAUACAGAUUUACAUGUAAUCUAGAUCUUUAUUUUGCUUUUCACAGAAGCCUAAUGUCUGUAAUUAUCCUUGAUUUUUAUUUUUGUAGGAGAUAAAAGUUGAGGACUUGGUGAAAGGAAAUAGCAGUUAGAGCAAAAACCUCACUGAUAAAAAUUAAUCGAGGAAAAAGUCAGUCAAAAUUAUAAAAUACCUUUAAAGAUGUGCACUUUCCAUAUUUUCAAGUCAAUUUAAACUUAAGCUAGGAUAAUGUUUCCUAGUAGAGCUGCUUGAAGGAUUAGAAUAGGCAGGGUUGAUUUAUUAUUAGCAUGUCAUUUGUAUGUAAACUACUGGAAAAUAGCAAUUUUAAGAGUUUUCUAGUUCAGUUUUGUUUACACUCCUAAUUGCUUUAAGCACUUUUUUUUGUGUGUAAACUGUAAAGUCUGGCCCAGCCCUUGUGAAAAAAAUCACAAAUAAAAUAAUGAAGUUUUAAUGAAUAAAAUUUAACCACUUAAUAAUGGGGAAACUUGUUUGCUGAAGCACUUAAGAAAUGAAGGUACUUUAACAUUCACCAUACUAGUGGCAAUAAAACAAAAGAAAAAAAAAUGUUGAGAUUGAGGCAGUUAACCAAAGUAGCUCAUAUAAGUAACAAAACCGACCUGAAUUUUGCCUCAGUUAUCAAAGUUUGGUUGUAAUUAAUCUAGGACCAGUAGAUAUAAUUAAUGUAUUCUUCUUUUUAAAAGGUUCUUACUUUUGUGUGGAAAUGUUAUAUCUGGGGUACUUACAUGAUUUAACUUGACUAUAUGAGGUACUAUUGUUAGUCUGUUAGUCUUUCAAAUUGACUUAAAAAUACAGAUCUUUAUGAUUUUUAUCAUAAGGAGCAGCAAGACUUUUAACUAAAAAACAUACUGUAAUGAGAUGAAAUAAUACCUAAAAGUAUACCCUGCCUUACAUAUAAACCAUCAUAGAAAAGUCUGGACUUAUCAAAAGGCAGAUGAUAUGUAUGUGUCUGUGUAUGGUAUAUUGUAUGCUUGGUAGCAAGAAAGAAAGAAGGUGUUGCAUUUUCACAUUGAAAAGAAUACUUUGCUUUUUGAAGGUAUUUACUUUAGGAUUCUUUUAAUAAUAAUUUCCUAAUGCUUUAAAUAUAUAAUUUGAUUGUAGGAAUUGGUUUACGGUAUAAAACUUUUCUGGAAUACAUCUCUUAAUGUAAACUGAAAUAGAAUUAUAUUUAGUUAUUAUUGUAGAUAAACUUGAAUACUGAUUUACUCUUUCAUAAAAUGCUUUCAGUUAUCUCGUUUAACCUCAUAACCAGCUCUGAAAGAGAAAGGACAUGCUAUAUUCCCAUUUUAGAGAUGAAGAAUCUGAGGUUAAGAUAAAGGACUCAGUUAAGCUCACAUCAUUAAUAAAUGUCAGAGCUACUAAUAGGGAAAGAAAGCCAGCAUUAAUAAAUGCUUACUAAGUGCCAGGCACUACAUUUUCUCAUGUAAUCUUAAACAGUCUGGGAAUUAGAUAGUAUAAUUCUUACAAAGAAAUUAUCUCAGCGGGUGGACAAACACACACAAAUCUGCUGCCUCUAAUUUCCAAAAUUAGAAUAUAGGAAAUUUUAAAAUUGUGAAAACCUCAUGGAUUUGGGCAAACUGAAUGUAUAUAAGUUGUUGAAGUUGGCACAAAAAAUAUGUAAUGAGGCCUACUCUUUUCAGUUAACCUUUUGUAAUAUUUGGAGUAUUUGGACAAAUGUUCCAUUAACUCUGAAAUCCAUUAAUUUUAUAACUAUACUUAAAAUUUUGAAUCUUGCAACUAAGUUUAGCCUCAUUCAGAAUUUUUUAUUUUAUGAACAUAAUUUAUUGUUUUAAAUUAAUUUUUUAGCUGAUAGCAGUUAGCACUUAAUAUGUAAAUUGAAUAAUUUAUGAAGUAUAGAAAUUUGUUAACCUAAUCAGUUUUUACUUAAAUGCACCAAAGAUUUUUAGUAGGUAUUAAAAUAGUUUAAAAGAAUUAAAAUUCUUUGUUGUUUGAAUAAAUAUUUGUCCAAAGAAGCACAGUUGAAGUCCUAGGAUUAUGGAUUUUUAAAAAAAAAUCAUUAGUUUGAAUAAUAAGAUUAAGUGUUUGUGUUUAUAUGUAUAAAAAUAAAAACAGAAGAAAACACUCUGGGAAUAGUCAUACUGACAAACCAAUUACAAGUAAGAAUACUCAGUUUCCCUCAGUUUAAUUAAUUAAAUGUUACCUUUAAGUGGACACUAUUAAAUGCUAAAUAAUAAGCUUAUUUUUUACACUACACUAUUAAAAUAAUUUUGCCUUAGAAUUUUUUUUUUUAAGACAAGUCGAACUUAUUUUUAUAAGAAACCCCACCUAUUUUUUGCAGCCUAAAAUACCAUUUAAGAUUAGGGUUAGUUCUUCAUGCCAGCAAGAUUUAACCAACAACUGUAAAGGUAAUGAUCUUUGCAUACUUUUAAGUAACUUAAUCAUUUAUUGCUGGGAGAAAAGGAAUAGCAUAAAUAGGGUUUUAAACUGGUGCUUUAUUAAGUGACUUCCUUUUAAGUGAUUGUAGGUCAUGAAGUAGGUACACUAAUAUUCUGUCAGCUUUAAAAGUGUCAAGACAUCUUUGCAGAGUGACUAUAAACUGUUAAGGGCUCAUAAGUAAUUAAAUAUCACUCAUUGCUUUUCACUCUUUAAUUGCAAACAAAAACACAAACUGGUGUGUUUAGAAGUUUGAGUUCUCUUCCUACCGGAUCAUUUUAACAUAGCAUUGAUGAAAAGUCAGAUUUAGAGCAUUAGCUCUUUGACAGUGUCCUUUUUAUACCCAGUCUUUUCUGAAUUGAAUGCUUUGUGCCUUUUCGCUGUGUUGUAGUUGCUUAAAAUUGAUUCUGCUCACUAGAUUGUACUGGUUAAUAAAUGAUUUUGAUUUUGUUGUUGUUGUUAUGGGUUUUAUGUUUGUGUUGCCUGCUGGUCAGGCAACACUUUUUUAGAUUAUUUUAUGAUUAUUUAGGAAAAUGGCACUAAGUACAAGUGUGAACAUUUGGUUUUUUAAAAUCUCUUUUGUGGCCUUUAUAGUUACUGUGAAGCCACUCCAGGCCCUGUCUCUAGAUGCUUAUUAGAGGAAUCUGGCAAAUAAAAUAAAAUGAGUAGUG